UCAAAUUUUCCCCCUGCUUCUUCAGAAGAAUUCACGAGUGCUUCCCGGAGUGUUAAGCCUGGCCUAGUAUGCUGUGGCAUUGUAAGCGCAUGGACGUGGAGCGCUACGCUUCUACAAUCGAGCACUGCCGCAUAUACAUUCGGUAAGAAUUUUUUUCACGUCACGGUCCUUGGUGCGUAUCUUUUAGGACUCGUGGCUACAUUGUGGUAUGGUGUCGGUGGCACCAUUCAGGUUGCUAUUUUUGGCAUGGUUGCCUCCAAGGUAAAGCAGAAUGCCAACGGUGCCCAUACCUUUCUUGAGAUUGUCAAGACGCGAUUCGGAACAAGUGCUCACAUUCUCUUCACAUUUUAUGGAUUUCUGUGUAUCUUAUUGGUCUGCGGGUCUCUGCUACUUGGAGGCUCUGCGACUGUUAGCGCCUUGACCGGCAUGAACACCAUCGCGGCAUGCUUUCUUCUCCCUAUUGGAAUUGCCAUCUAUGUCAUAUUUGGUGGUCUCCGCGCGACAUUCAUCUGUGACUGGAGUCAUACCAUUAUCUUGUUCAUUAUUAUCUACAUAUUCGUAUUCCGAGCAUACGGAACAUCACCCGCCAUUGGUAGUGUCUCCAGACUCUACGAUCUCUUAGAACAGGCUAGCAUCGACACUCCAGUGGUAGGUAACGAAGGGGGGAGCUACUUGACCAUGAAAUCGAACCAAGGCCUUGUGUUUGGUGCUGUCGCAAUUCUUUCUGGUUUUACUGGAGUCUUCUGUGAUCAAGGUUACUGGCAAAGGGCGAUAGCAAGUCAUCCAGAGUCGACCACCAAGGCAUACAUGCUUGGUGGUAUUUCUUGGUUUGCUGUUCCAUGGGCAUUUGCAUCUUGUCUCGGUCUGAGUGCUCGCGCUCUUCUGACCAAUGCAAGUCCUCCGAAUUUUCCCACUUAUCCUUCUCCGCUUUCUCCAAGUCAGACUAGCGCAGGUCUUGCAGCUCCUGCUGCGGCCGCUGUGCUCAUGGGAAAGGGCGGCGCGAUCACCGUGCUUCUUGUAGUAUUUAUGGCUGUGACUUCAGCUGCUAGUGCUGAGCUCAUCGGCGUAUCCAGUCUAUUAAUGACCCCGUACAUUAGCAUAUACCGGACGUAUUUCCGCCCCAAUGCCACCGGAGACGAGAUAGUGAGGGUAUCUCACUACUUCAUAUGUUUCUGGGCUGUCUGGAUGGGCGGUUGGGCGACUAUCCUGAAUGCUGCUAACAUCGACCUUGGAUGGUUAUAUUAUGUUCAAGGCUGCAUACUUUGUCCUGCAGUUAUUCCCAUUGGACUUACUGUUUCGUGGUCUAAGCUUACAAAGGCAGGCGUUUUCUGUGGUGCUAUAGGCGGUGCACUUUUCGGAAUGUUGGCUUGGAUGAUCGGAUGCUGGAAGAUAUACGGUCAAAUCAACAUCACUAACCUUGCAGAACCAUACUCAGCCCUAUGUAGUACCCUCACGGGGCUAUUUUUCUCUGGGAUUCUGACAGUAGGGGUAUCGCUCUUGAACCCUGCUGACUAUGACUUCUCGGGCACUCGAGCCAUCGCCACCAUAGAAGAUGCAAACGAAAGUAACAUUUCGGGUGAUGACACUCGAAACAGAGCAUCAGACACCGAAUCACAGAACGAGAAAAGAGCUACGAGUGAAAAGGAGUUAUCGAUAAAACAGGGUUUUGUCAACAUCAUGGAAACCAGGCUAGAGAAGGAUGAGGAAUCACGCAUCAGAUCUCUCAAGACAGUGUUCAGGAAGGCGCUUAUAUAUUCGUCGAUUUUGACAUUGAUUGUCGUCAUACUUGUCCCAAUGCCCUUGUUCUUCUCUCAUUAUGUCUUCAGCAAGAAGUUCUAUACCUUCUGGACAGCCUGUUCGAUUAUAUGGGCACUGGCGAGCGGGACAUUUUGCAUCAUCUUACCCUUGUGGGAGUCCAGAGUUGAGAUUGGUACGAUAUUGGGUUCAGCUUAUAGAUCGAUCUACAAAUAG